AUCCCAUCACAUGUCCAUUAGAACGAGUGUGCUCUAAGAGUGUUCUCCAUUUGACUGUGUGUGGAUUACUAUCAGUCAUGGUGUGUCAGCUGUAGAGCCCUUGGUGUAGUUGCUGCUCAGGGGCAGAGGGGGAUCAAUGGAAGUGCGUUGAGUAACGAGGUGAUGCUCCUGUUUUCACAUGGUCUGAGAGCAAUCAGCAGCCAGCAUCUCUCCACUGACUCCACACACUGCUCUGCUUCUACACUGCAAUAACCAACCUCCUCUACGGACUAUUAGUGCAGUGACUUAUAGUAUUAUUCUAAUAUUAGACACACUAGCUGGACAUUUGCUCCUGUGCGCACCAGAGCUGUCAGAGCACCUUAAACACCUUUUUUUUCUCCAGCCAUAAAAGGUUUGGAGUGGACACAGUGCCGUAUUUAUCUUCUGGACUAUUUUUGCUUUUGAAAGCUGGGGACUGAGAGUGAGAGCCAGCAGGUGCCCUCGCCAUGGUGUUGCCGCCCCCAGACAAACGCCACGUGUGCCUGACCACCAUCGUCAUCAUGACCAGCAUGGCCUUCAUGGACGCCUACCUGGUGGAGCAGAACCAGGGUCCCAGAAAGAUUGGUGUGUGUAUAAUAGUGCUGGUAGGGGAUGUGUGUUUCCUCAUAGUGCUGCGGUAUGUGGCAGUGUGGGUCGGUGCCGAGGUGCGCACCGCCCGAAGAGGAUACGCCAUGAUCCUCUGGUUUCUGUACAUCUUUGUCCUGGAGAUCAAGCUCUACUUUGUCUUUCAAAAUUGUAAAGCUGACAGGAAGAGUUUGGAGACAGUGGCCCGGAAGGCUUUGACAUUGUUACUAUCUGUAUGUGUACCAGGCCUAUACUUGGUUCUAGUGGCUCUGGAUAGUAUGGAAUAUGUGAGAACUUUCCGGAAGAAGGAGGACAUGAGGAGUCGUCUAUUCUGGGUGGCUCUGGACCUGCUGGAUCUGCUGGAUAUCCAAGCAAACCUGUGGGAGCCCCAGCGGACAGGCCUGCCCAUCUGGGCGGAGGGCCUGAUGUUCUUCUACUGCUACAUCCUGCUGCUCAUCCUGCCUUGCGUGUCGCUCAGUGAAAUCAGCAUGCAGGGGGAGCACAUGUCGCCCCAGAAGAUGAUGCUGUACCCAGUUCUGAGCCUGGUCACCAUAAACGUGGUCACCAUCCUCAUACGAGGUGUAAACAUGGUGCUGUUUCAGGACAGCCGUGUUUCCACCAUCUUUGUCGGAAAGAACGUGGUGGCCAUAGCCACCAAGGCGUCCACCUUCCUGGAGUACCGCAGACAGGUGAAGGAGUUCCCCCACCCGCAGAACGCCAUGGCGCUAGAGCUGCAGCAGAACAGCCACACACAGCCGCUACCCAAUGCCACCAGUUUGCCACAUGAACCUACGCCGGCGCAGGACGUCAUCGACACAUGACCACCAGCGCUGGACUGAGCACCAUUACUGACUGCUUUUUAUGAAAGCCCCAGGAGUGGAGGUAAAUAGAGAAAUCAGCUGCAUGACAGGAUGAUAUUCUGCUCUUGUCAAGCCCACACGAACUGCUGUGAAACCAUAAAAGAGAUUUUCAGCAUCACCUGCCUGUCAGAACACACUGUAAACCUACACUUGACUCUGAGUGCAGCGUGCAGACUUUAAAAAUCAAGUCAAAGGUUUUUAUCGUGCUAUUGUGUUUUUAAUUGUUUCAAAUGUUUUAAAAGUUCAAACUUUUAUUAGAGACAAUCUUCACAGCGUGCGGCCUAGUGACAUUAUGUUGUGUAAAAUGGACAGUUGGUCCCCUCUUGGUGAGUAUCUUGUAUUUUUAAAGGUCACUUUUUCGACAGCGCAUCUGUGGCAUUUCCUUUGAAUUACAGCACCAAAGGAUGUACCACUCAGCGUGCAGCACUGAUGGAGUAGAGGAGCAGAGAAUGACAAGGGUCAGCCAUGGGGAGCUAUCUGUGCUGUGCUAGAGCAAGGCUGGUGGCAGACGAAUGCUUUCCUGUCUGUGCUUGGUUCUGCUGAGAAAUGAGCUCUGUGGAAGCUGCUGCCUCGGUCAGUGUGACGCUUUACGACCAAAGGUCUGAUUAAAGCACCGGAGCUCAGCACUAUACCAUCCACUGCAGGCAUCCAAGCGUGUGUUUUACUGUGUGUGUGCGUGUGUCUACAUGCACGCACACUAGAGUAUGUGUGCCUGCAAGCGUACAUGUUCACCACAGGAGGUUAGGUUCAUUUCAAAUUGUUUUGGAGCAGGUGUGAGUGGUUGAUGUAUGUGAUGGAUUGCAAAUGAGACAAAAUAUGUAGUGAUGUCAGAAAAAAACUAAUAUGAUUGGGGUAAGAUACUUUUUGUUUCCUGUACUGUACAUUCCUCUAAAACUAGCUGAAGCCUUGAAGUCAGAGAAUGCAGAGUGUCCAGAGAACGCCUCACUCAAGAAUCGACAAAAGAUAAAACAUAAAUACUAUAACUUACAAACAGAAAAUACUUUUUUCUGAUGUUUAUUAUUAUUAAUUAUUAUUAUUAUUAUUAUGUACAUUCUUUACUUGUUGG